AUGGCCACCCACCGGAAGCCCCCCGAGCAAUCCUUCCGGUUUAUGGACUGCACUGUCCCCGAAGGCCUUUCCUGCUGCAUCCUCUACCCUCACAUCCUUGCCAUGGCCACCCACCGGAAGCCCCCCGAGCAAUCCUUCCGGUUUAUGGACUGCACUGUCCCCGAAGGCCUUUCCUGCUGCAUCCUCUACCCUCACCAUUUACUGAUCAUCCACGUUGGUCCAGGCUUGGACAAGGAGCAAGGUGUGGCCCCUGCCCUCGCAGACGCAGAUAGGGCGGCCGCGGCGGCUCCUGGUGCGCUUGUCCGUGAGGUGCACAGUCUGUCUGAGUACUUCAGCCUGCUGACUCGCGCGCGCAGAGAUGCCGGCCCGCCGCCCAGGGACGCUCCCGACCCCGCCAGAGGUCACUCGCGGCCCCCGGCAGAGCCGCUCGCGCCCCGCGACGUCUUCAUCGCAGUCAAGACCACCAAAAAGUUUCAUCGUGCGCGCCUCGACCUGCUACUGGAGACCUGGAUCUCGCGCCACAAGGAGAUGACGUUCAUUUUCACCGACGGGGAAGAUGAAGCCCUGGCCAGGCACACGGGCAAUGUGAUCAACACCAACUGUUCAGCUGCCCACAGCCGCCAGGCUCUGUCCUGCAAGAUGGCUGUGGAGUUCGACCGCUUCAUAGAAUCAGGGAGGAAGUGGUUCUGCCAUGUGGAUGAUGACAACUACGUCAACCUGCGUGCCUUGCUGCGGCUGCUGGCCAGCUACCCCCACACACAGGACGUCUACAUAGGCAAGCCCAGCCUGGACCGGCCCAUCCAGGCCACUGAGCGGGUCAGCGAGAACAAGGUGCGUCCUGUUCACUUCUGGUUUGCCACUGGUGGGGCUGGCUUCUGCAUCAGUCGUGGCCUGGCACUGAAGAUGAGCCCGUGGGCUAGUGGGGGCCACUUCAUGAGCACAGCAGAGCGCAUCCGGCUGCCAGACGACUGCACCAUCGGCUACAUUGUGGAGGCCCUGCUGGGUGUGCCGCUCAUCCGCAGUGGCCUCUUCCACUCCCACUUGGAGAACCUGCAGCAGGUGCCCACCUCUGAGCUGCAUGAGCAGGUGACCCUGAGCUAUGGCAUGUUUGAGAACAAGCGGAAUGCUGUCCACAUGAAGGGGCCUUUCUCAGUGGAGGCUGAUCCAUCCAGGUUCCGUUCCAUCCACUGCCACCUGUACCCGGACACACCCUGGUGUCCGCGCACCGCCAUCUUCUAGCAGCCAUGACAGAGACCCCGUCCCUGGGUGCCCCUGGUAUCCAAAGGGCCCAGGGACCCCUGUUGGGCCACCCUGGCCUUGGCAUUUGAGGCUCCCCCAGGGCUGUGCCUGUGUGUGUGUGUGUUUGUGUGUGUGUUGUAUGCCCACCUGUAUAGCAGACUGCUGGGCAGUGUGCUCUGCGGAGGUGGGAGAAGAUGUCCCAUGUCUGCCUUUCCAGGCUCCUAGGGCCAGUGGGCUCCAGCCCACACCGGGGAGGAUCUGGAUGUUGGAGGCCACUCGGAGGGCAGCUCUGUACUAAGUUGGGCUCUCUGGCAGUGUGGGGCUCAGGGCUGCUCCACGAGGAUAUGUGGGUGCUUUUCCCUUCCUCCUGAGCACAGACUCUGAGCCCUGGAAUCCUGGCCCCUGCCUUGGAGCCCUCAGUAAGCUGUGUCAUGGCUCCAUGCAGAGGAGCUGGUUUGGGGGUGAACGGCCUAAGCUCUCUCUGGGCUGUGUCCCCAAAGCUGUGGCUCACAGUAAGGGUAGCCACUGCCACAUCCAAGCAUCCCAUGAAGCCCACAGCAGCUGCCCAGUGGGAGAACAGUGGCUUCCCUCCCGGCCCCCCUGGGUAGGGGUCUUCUGGCGCCCUCACAGGUCUUCUCUUUGCCUCCCCGCAUUCGGGUGAGUCAGAGUUGAGCAUUUAUCUCCUCUCAGAAGUCGAGAGAAAGUCGCCCACAGUGGGCGUGUCUGUAAAUAUUGUGACAGUAUUUCUUUACUGUGCCAUUUUUUGAAAGGGGGUGGGUAAAAAGUAGAGUGUUUCUGUUUUUUGGGGGAGGUGGGGAGGGCCUUAUUUUAUUUUCUGUGGACCAGAAAAACCAGAAGCCAAACUUGGGAUCACCUUUGUUUUUAAAGCUAAAGUGGAAAUGUCUAACCUCUGUAUUUAUUUGUUCCAGUAUCUGGAAUCUCUCCCUGCCCUCCCCACAAUCAGCCAUCGUCUCUGGGCCAUCUUGGCUCACCUUUCCUGCGGGGGGUGUGUUUUGUGUUCUGUUUUUCUUUUUGCAAAGACAUAGCUAGAAAAGCAAAUGAUAAGGGAAAAGUUCUCAGGGAAUUGAAGUGUUGUUGCUAUGGUGACGUCCUUUUGCUGUGAAUAAAGGUGCUCUUUAUGGCAACCCA